GGGACUGGAACUUACAUACAAAGGCAACAAUUGUCUAUUGAUGAGUUAUAUCCUGCAUCUAGCACGCUUGAUGUGGUAUCAUUUUGACACGGCGCAGAUGAACAGAGAGAGAGAGAGGGCUGAAUUUAGUUAGUUGAAAAAAUUGAUUGGUUUACUCGAGGGCCGCGUGUCAACAUGAAGUCUGUUGCUUUUUUCGGCUUAUACGCCGCUUUGUUAGCGGGGAGCGUGCAAGCCCAGGGUCCAUACGACGGCGGCGACGGCGGGUAUGCUUGGGCGGGCUGGCCCGGGAACAACGAAGGCAGCGGCUACGGGAACGGGCCGGGCAGUUCAGGCACAAUAGGAGGUGGCCUGAGCGUGUUCGCGGACUUCGACGUCGAUAAGGCGAUUCGAUAUCGCACGGCUCACGGUAUCAUCGCCGCGUUGUGUUUUGUUGUGAUAUUUCCCAUCGGCGCCAUCCUCGUACGACUACUGCCUAGUCGACACACUUGGAUCAUCCACGCUGCGACCCAGGUUAUCGGGUUCGUUCUAUACAUUGCCGCUGCCGCGCUUGGGAUACAUCUUAUAGAGAUGGUGAGGAUCCCUCCUAGUGGUUCUAGUUUGUUACAAAUACCAUCUAAAAACGCCCACCCCAUCAUCGGCAUCGUCCUGCUCGUGGUACUGUUCAUCCAGCCGCAACUCGGAUUCGCCCACCAUUCCAAGUUCAAGCGUCUGCGGCGUCGAACCUUGUACUCGCACGCACACUUGUGGCUCGGCCGCAUCGCCAUCACCCUAGGUAUCAUCAACGGCGGGCUCGGGCUGAAACUAGCAGAGGCGUCCCAGGGAUUAAUCAUCGCCUAUUCCAUCGUGUCGGCAUUCGCCUGGCUGAUGUGGGCCAUGACGGCCGUGUUAAGCGAAAUGCGCCGUCGAGAGAACCUUCGGGCUCACCCAGACGAUGCUCCUCUUCCCAACAACAUACCUCCUAACCACGUCCCGCAUCCGUUUGCAAGAGACGACCAUCGCCGCCAUAACAGCACCUCCAACGACCCUAGUCCUCCGUACACGCCCGGCCCUAUAUACGGCGGUCCGCCGGUAUACAGAGGUGGACAGACGGUAGAAAUGAUGCCUACGAAAAACACCGUCGAGAGACAAGGAUCCGUGUCGUCAUUCUCGUCCGAGUUGACGCCGGUAGAUGGAAGACGGAGACCAUGAAAAUAGCGAUUCGUAGCUGUUAUAUAUGAUUAUUGCUACGAUGUCGAGGUGAAGGGGAGAGGUGAACACCUACCUGAGUAGAACUGGGGGACAAAUGUGUUUAAUUAUGAUAUUUCACUGGGAUACCUGCGAGCCAUUAGUUUCGUCCUUCGCCUCCUGUGAAAGCCCCAACGAGACUUAGGUCAGAUUCAUUAUCAUGGUGUUACUAUUUAGAUUGCAGCUAUGCGGCAUACAUUAUAUAGCUGUUAACGAACAUUAAUAGAAUAAGAUGUUAUUAGUUUG